AUGGUGAAUUUUUACGACAUUCUGGGAGUGCAAAGAAAUUCACCCGCGGACGACAUUAAAAAGGCAUACCGAAAACUGGCCUUAAAGGUUCAUCCUGAUAAAAAUCCAGGGGACAGGGAAGCAGCAGAGAAAAAAUUCAUAGAAAUCUCAAAAGCAUAUGAAGUCUUAUCGGAUGCUAAAAAGAGGGAUGCCUAUGACAGAUCCAGUCAACGGCACACAAAUGAAAAAGAAAGACGAAGAGGAGAAAGAGGGGAUAAUGGAAGCAGAUGUGAUGGUGAUGAAUAUAGAGAAAAAGGAAGGGUUGCUGACACUGAAUUGGGUUUUCAUGGUCCACGCCUGACUGUCCAAAAGGGAACAGACUCCUUUUCGCGAGGUAUCUUUGAUGAUCUGCUUGAUGACAUUUCUGGAGUCCAACAAAGCCUCCCUGGAAAAAGAAGCAGAAGUGAUGGUUGCUAUUCUGUCUCCAUCAAGGGGGUAUCUCCAAUUGCAGGAACUGGAUUUACUUCAUUUGGUUCUGAAAUAACUGGGGGUGGUUCCUGUUCUUCAGUCACAUCUCUGAACCACAGUGGGAAAGGCAGGUUCAAGUCCAUCAUAACUACCAGAAAAAUCAUGAAUGGCAAAGAGAUCAUUACAAAGAGAAUUGUGGUGGAUGGCAAAGAAAGUACUGAAGUUGAGGAAAAGAUGAUUUCUCACUAA